CGCAUUCUUAAAGUAUUUAUAUUAUUGGUCCUUAGAGUUUUGGUGGAAGGAGUUAUUUGGAUUACCUAAAGUAUAUCUUUUUCGGAGUGUUCACUCUUCUUGCUUCUUUUUUACUAUGGGAAAAAGAAGCUCCAAACACAUUAUCACACACUGGGAAGUUGACAUAAGGGAAAUAUAAUGUUAAUGCAUCAGCAGUCUAUGCGAAAGACACUGGACACGAGGACAUGUAAUUCUGAACAUUGUUACAAGACCGAAAAAUCUACUUCUCUAUCAACAGAACAGCAUUUUACCUAUGGAGUCAGUAGUAUCAAAAGUCAACUCAGCUGCACCAGAACCGCUUAAACCAUGGCGAGAAUUGUGUGAUAGCGAUAAUAAGAAGGCUGAGGAUAAACUGAGGAGCAACAUAAAACAAAACAACAGUACGGAUUUCAAAAUUACUCUUGUUGGUAAUUCUGGAGCUGGAAAAUCAAGUUUCAUCAACUCAGCAUUUUCCAUUUCACGUAGAAGGAUAGCCGACGUAGUCCGCGUUAAAGGCGAGGCUGUAUCCGGAAUUGGGACAUUUUCGUUUGAUGGCGAAAGAGCCGGCCCCGACGACCUGUUUCCAUCGGUUGUCUUUCUUGAUACGAUGGGGUUCUCUCGAUCUGAUGGAAAUAAAUGUAAUGGUAUUUCAGAGGAAGACCUGAAACGUGUCUGCAACGGCGAAAUAAGAAUUGGACACAAGUUCAACGUAGAUAGUGCCAAAGCGACAACCAACAAGUACAGACCCAAUUGUGUGAUAUUCGUUGUCAGCGCCGAAAUUUUCCUGCAUGAUUUUAACUCGACAAAUAUAGUGUUGAAAGAAAAAAUGGGGUCAUUGUAUCAUUGCGUACCGAUCGAUAUUCCAAGGAUUGCAGUUCUUACCAAAUGUGAUAACAUAUGCAAUGAUACAGCCAAAGACGCUUCGAAUAUCUUUAAAAGUCGGAUCGUCGAACGGGUCGUGAAAAAAGCAGCUACAACGCUUGGCCUUCAGGAAAACAAAGUAUUUCCUAUCGUGAAUUACACGAAAGAAGUUGAAUUGAAAACCACAAUGAAUGUGCCGAUAUUGUACGCAGUUCAGUUCGCCCUCAAUUUUGCAAGGGACAACGCAAGAAGUCAGUUACCCGACGAAGAUUAAAACCACUCUCAAAACAGUUUGGCACGAAAUUAUGAUGUUUGUUAUUAACUGUAGUUAUGGUUCGUGAUUUCCUUAUUUACUAAUUGAAUGUCUUCGUCAUCAUAAUACGGAAAAAUGCCCGAAUAAUUACAUUUUUUACUGAUGUAUGGUUCAGGUAAAAGGUGUUCUUUUAGUGUGCUAAUUUUUUCUUAGGGAUAUAUGUAGAAGAACUUUGGAUAUGAGAACAAAUAUGCUCACCCGUUUUUAACGAUCGCAUUUUCGGGGCGGUAUUUACACAUCCAGUGUUUGUCAUACAGUUCGUGUGGAAUCGGUUAAUGAAUAUGUAUAAAUUUUAAACAAACAUUGUUUUCGAAAUCUAAAAGUAUUUCUAUGCAUGCACUUAGGGUAGUGUCCCACGAAUAUAGUUAAUCGCCAAAACCCAACUUUUCGAAACAUCCUUAGCAUUGUCUGUUUAAGUAUGUUACUUCAUUUAGCAAAUGUAUUUACUUCUACUUGAUUUUGUAUAUCAGAAAUAAGCAGUAAUUAACAUUUAUUUUUAAUACAAUUUCUUUAAAAAGUCCAAAAACUCUUCAAGACUCUUCAAAAUAAGCAUUUUGAAUAGUAAACCUAAAAUAAAAGUGAUACUUGCUUGAUCGCGUGAGGAACUCAAGAUCGUUUGUGAAACUCGGGCCUGAUAGAUAUAGGUUCUCCUUCAAAUGAUCACUAUUAUUUUCCAUGGGAGGUGAUUUGGUUGCAAUGAUUUGCCGAUUGCAAAAUAGAAGAAUCAACGGAAAUAUGAACAUCUCGUAUAAGUAGCAAAAUAACUUAAAUCAAAUCAAUUUGAAGAAAUUAGCCUAAGGCCAAAUUUAACCCUUGGUAAUUUUCAAAACUGCUUAAUUAUUUGACAACUCGUUUUUGUAAACCCGUCUGAUGUAGGUGUGCUUGAGGUUUCUUGUCAAUAAAUGUUUAAUUCCUUC